GCUAGCCGCAACGCAAAACAAAAUCACAAAAUGCUGUCAGUGGCGCGAUGACAUCGUUGUUGUGUGCACGCAAGUCUCACUCCGAUCUGUGUUGUUAAGUUUCGAUUCGUUUUGACGUUUCAGUGCUAGUUGUUUUUUAUGAUUUGUAUUUGUUGUGAAACCACAAGGAUAUUUCUCGUUUUGGAUACGUUCUCAAGAACUUUGAUGCACCCCCGUAACAGUGCCCCGUCAACCUAACCCCGCAACGAAAACCAAUACCACAACCACGAAACUCUAAACUCUCCGAACCCGCGCGAAAUAAUGCAGAACGCGAUGCCGGAAAUCCUGCGCGCCGCGACGCCCUCAGCCAAAACCGCCGAGGCGGCGCCCUCUAGCGGCGAGGUCGCGAAGAAGCUGCGGUUCGCCCACGUGCCGCGCGCUGUCGAACGCCGUGUGCCGCGCGUCUCCUCGGACAGAGACGCGGGGGCAACGAGCGGGGGCGGGGGUGGGGCGGUGGGGGUGGGCGGCGAAGGGCGGCUACGCAGCUCGCACGUCGCCGACAAGUACGAGCUGCUCGAGCAGGUCGAGGGCAGCUCGCUCUACCGGUGCGUCGACGUCAACACCAAGGAGGAGCUGGUCUGCAAGAUAGCCAGUCAUAAACACGAAACACGUGACCACUCGCUAGUCUCCGCCCACUACAAGCUGGACUUCCAUCCGCGCGUCUCGUCGCUGCACGAGGUGCUCGCCAGGCACCGCUACCUCUACCUGGUGUUCCCGAAGGCGCACGGCGAUCUCCAUUCGUACGUGCGGCAAAGGAAGCGCCUGCGCGAAUCGGAGGCCCGUCGGCUGUUCAAGCAGUGCGCCGAAGCGGUGCAGGUCUGUCACGAGAACGGGAUCGUGCUGCGGGAUUUGAAGCUCAGGAAGUUCGUCUUCGUCGACCAAGAGAGGUAA